UAGUACAUUUUUUAUGUUAAAACCACCUAACAGCAGCUUUUAGCUGUCUGGAGGGUGGUUUCAUUUUUUGUUUUGUUUGUUUUUCGUCGUUGUGUUUGUUUUGUUCAAAUGGAUGGAGGAGAAACGGAAUGGCAACGACAAUGGAUUUGAACAUCAAAAACAAGGAAAAGUUUUGAGAAAAGGCAUUACAUGAAGGAAGCAACGGUGAUUCUGAAUGUGGAUAAUGCUAACGGAGUAAAAGCGGAGGAUAUAAUUAAAGCAAUUGCGAAUAGCAAUUUGAUGGACAGACUACUGAUAAAUUGAGCAUGCUGUGAGGUGAGAAAACUUCAAACUGGGAAUAUGUUGAUUCCUUCAUGCAUUUGCCUGUUUACUUGAAUGAUGAAGAAAUUUUAGGAAAAUUAGAAGGUUGGUAAGUGUUGCCCAUUUCAAGAAUAAAGAGAAGGGCAUAUUAGGGCACUGCAAUCGAGGAUGGAACAAGGUUUGUGAGAGUGAGGUUCCCCAGGGAUGUGGGCUCACUCCCGUAUAGCACAAGGCUGGAAACAGCAGAAGGGCCACAAUAUUUCAGGGUGAUGCACAGUUAUCAAGUUAAAACCUGUCGACUGUGCAUGAGCCCUGAACAUUUAUUGAAGGAGUGUCCUGAGUUUAAGUGCUAUAAAUGUGAAGAGAGGGGACACUUUGCGAGAGAUUGCAACGUUGUUAAGUGCCCAGAUUGCCAAGAUUAUUUAAACAAAUGCGAGUGUUGGAUAGAUGAAGGGGAAGGAGGUGGAGAAAAACAGGUGAAUGGGCAAAUUCAUAAAGGAAACAACAAGAGAGAAAAAAGAAUAAAUGAAGAGGAGAGACAAACAGAGACAUUAAAGGAAACAGAAGAUGGAAAAGAAAUAACUGAAGAGGAACAGAGAAUUGAGGAAAAAGAAGUAAGUGAGAAAGAAAUAACUGUAGAGGAACAGAGAAUUGAGGAAAAAGAAGUAAGUGAGGAGGAACACACACAAGGAGAGGACACAACAUGGACACAGAUGGAGAUAACGGAGAGUUUGAAUGUUUUUUAGAUAAAGUGGACAAAGAGGAUCAAAAGGACACAAGACAAAACAGCGGAAACGACGAGGGAGGAAUGGAAGAAGCAGGACUUAUGGACAGAGAUAGAUUUGGAAAAAGACAGACAAGAAGAAGAUCAAUAAAGAUUUCAGGAGCAGCAUCUUUGCAAGAAAUACACAGGUGCAUAGAUAAGUAUGCAAGCUUGCUGCAGACUGCUGGAUGUUUCGAGUAUCCAAAAAGUGUAGAAGGCAAACAGGACAUUGUGAAGGAUUUCGUACAGUGGUACAUAAUAUACAGAAAUCAGUACUCAAUACAACGAUUUAGGGAUGGGCUUUCGACAUUAGAUGUCAUCUAUGCCCUGGAGCAGCAUUCAUUUGUAUUCAAACCCUAUGUGUGCUGUGGUGUUGAGAAACUAACACCUGAAUCAUUGGAGGCUAUAUUUAAGGCUCAGCUCAGUGAAGUAGGUAGCACCAGACGACAAGAAGAAACAAGAAUACUUGGAUACUGGAGAGACUAUCUGCUGGACACUGGAGAACAAGAAACCGGGCUCUCCCUCCAGGACAUCCUGAUGUUUGCUACAGGACUGGAUUCACUGCCUCCUUUGACAAUGUCCCUCAACCCAGACUAUGCUUUGAGAGGACCUCCAACUUUCCCAUUGCCAGCACCUGUUCCAACACAAUCAAAUUACCAAUGUCUAAAAGUUAUGAAGACUUCAAAAAUGCUAUGGACUUUGGAAUACAAAACUCCCCUGGUUUUGGCUUGCACUGAAUAGGAUUGGGAACUGUUUUCUGUUUGUUUUAAAACAUUUUAUUUUGAAAACGUACCUGACUUUAUAUUUGAGCCAUGUUUUUCAAAGUUAUGUAGUUCUCCACACCAGUCUCCCAGUUUUGAGGUGUAGACAAAUUGCCCUGAUUUUGUAGUUCUUCAAAGUUUGCCUGAAGCUGGUUAUCUCCACACAUACUUAGAGUUGGUUCAGCAAAAAAACUGGUUCAGGUCUUCCUGCGAGACAGGGAACCCAUUAAACCCAUGUUUCAUUAAACCUUAGGGUAAAACAGAUUUAUACCAUUGUAUUAAUUCUUGAUAAGUUACUAAGUGUGAUAAGCAGUAUCAAAAUCUAAUAACUUUUGCAGUAUUUUGUAUGCAAUAAGAUAUGUAUUUGUUUUUCUGUCCAUGCAGCUACAUAAGUUAGUACAGCUAUCUCAGCAUACAAAGAAUUUAAAACUUUCACUGUUCAUUUUAAG